AUGACAACGUUAAAGGGUGUUUUUCCCGAUUCAAAACCAAUAAAAGGAAAAAAUUUCAUACAUGAAAAUGUAAAAAAUCUUCGUCGUAUAGAACAUUCACAUAUUAACAAAGGCAUAGAAGUACAAAAAUCCCAAGUAUACAAUCGAAAAAAAAUUAUUAGCAAUAAUAAUAAUAAUAAUCAUAAUCGUAAUCACAAUAGCAAUGUUUUAUCAAAAAAUAAUACAAAUUUUCGAUUUAAAAAACAUGACAACGAUAUAAAUUUAAAUAUAAAUAACAAACAAGACCAGCAUCAACAGUUAUGUAAGAAAUACAGUGCCUUAGUGUUAAACAAAAAUAAUGUUUCUACAAAAAAAACAAUAUAUUCAGCCAGUAAUAACUCAUUAAUUAAGGAAAAAAAGAAAGAGCAUAAAGAAUUAAACAAGUCUACACAAAAAUUAUAUGCAAAAAUUUCAUCAGAUCCUAAUUUUUCAUAUAAAUCAGUUGAAAAUAAUGACAAUAACAUGAAAAUUCAAGUUAAAAAUCAAGGCAUUCAAACACUGAAUACAAAGGAAAUUGAUGAUUUAUAUUCUGAAGGAAUAAUUAAAUAUCCAUCAAAAAAAUAUUUAAAUAACAAUGAAUCAAUAAAUAAAAAUGAUAUAAGUGAACAAAUUGAUAUAUCUUCAAAAACUAUAACUAGUUCACCUUCAGAUAGAGGAGAUGUCCAAAUUCUUGAAAAAAGUACACAUAAUAAAAAUGACACAAAAAAUUCUAAAGUUCCAUCACCUAAAGAAGAAAUAAAUUUUAUUAAGUUAAACAAAGAACAUACUUCUAUGACUAAUAAGAUGGUAACACAAACAAAUAAUAACAUCAAUAAUAAUAAUACUAAUAACAAUAAUACUGGUGCUAAUGAUAAUCAUCAUGUUCUUCCUGCUAAUUAUCGCAUGGGUGUAAUUCCAAAGUAUAUUAAAAAUAGAAAGGAAAUUCAAAAAAGGAUGCAAAAAGCUAAAGUAGAAGAACAAGAUCCUAAUUGUCCAAACAAGCAUGUUCCAUUACCUGAUAAUGAACGUAAAGAAACAUUACGAAUGUUGAAAAAAAAUUAUCAAGAUUAUGUAAAUGAAUUAAAUAUGAUGCCUAUAAAAGUAGAUACACUUAGGGCACAACAACGUAAAAUAGAAAUAGAGAAACAGCUAAAUAAAUUAGAAGAAGGAAUAAAAGUUUUUUCAAGACCUAAAGUUUAUGUAAAAAUGAAUGCUUAA